UUUUUUUAGAUGUCCAUUCAGAAUUGUCAAAAUUCAAAACUAACACAAAAUGAAAACCUUUCCAAUACAUUUCCUACGCUUUCAAAAGAACUGGAAGAAAAAAGACAAAACGUGCUUCAGCUCGUCAGGUCGCUGCUUAAUUCUGCUCAGGGCAACCUCACCAUCAAGGAGUUGGAGCGCGACUAUCAGCAAAUGGUGGAUGAGCCCAUCCCAUACCGACAGCUUCACCAUGCAACAUUGGCCAGUUUCCUGCAAUCUGCCCCUGAGAUGGUGCAGUUGGUGAACCGUUCCGGGGUGCUGUAUGUACAAACGGCUGCAACUGCUAGGGACCACAUACAUGCUCUUGUUUCAGGACAAAAAACAGUUUCAAAAAAGAAGAAAAGCAAAGGGUCGGCAUUGAGGCGACCUAUCCCGCGUUCCUUUCCUCGUCAAGCUCUUCUUCCACAUCCACCAACUGCUCCUAUUCAGAACCUUCCAUUUCAACAAGCAGGAGCUAGAAGAGGAGUUUACCGUGGUAACUCUAGAGGCAAAGGUUUUGGCCACCAUUUAAGGCCACAUCCUCAAUCACUGAUGGCUAAUGUUACCAUACGACCAGAAAAUGUUAACCUCAACCCACCACAUCGUGAACCAAUUCCUCAGCGACAGUUGAUUUUUCAAGGUUCUGCUUCCAUGGCAACUGUUUCUGGAAAACUACCAACACCACCACCAUCUCCAUUGCAGCUUGUUCAGCCAUUAUUGCCUCCGAGUCCACAAGCCAAGCCAAUGCCUGUCAAGUCCCCUAAACCACCCAUGCUUCCAAAGUCUCCUCCAUACCAAAAUCCAGCUCACAACUAUCAGAAGAAAGUUGAAAGCCCUACUAGCCCAAGAAUGUUGAAUGAUUCAACAUCCACGGAUUCAAUCCUGCAAGACAAGAAAAGGGCUGGUGGCAAUACCCAAGAGGAACUUGAGGUCCUUGCAAAGAAACUGGGCUACUCUAACCCUGAGUACACUCUGCUGCCAAUGAACAAGAAAUGGAUAGCUACUCUCAAGGUGAAUGGAAAAUGUUAUUCAAGCUAUCCAGAAGAGCGUGCAAACGCAGCUGAGGCAAAGUCCAUUGUUGCCCAAAAAGCCUUGGCAGAAAUUAAGCUUUUAAUGGAUCUGCCUCUCACAGGCUCUUUUGAACUCUGCCUAGAGAGAGUAAAAACGCUUUUACAAGGCGAAAUACACGGCCUCUGGUUCAGCCAUCUGUGCGAGACUUACCUCAAGAAGUUUGGAGAAAACCUUCCUCCUGAUUUCUGUGAACGGGCUAAUGAACGUGAGCAGCAGUUCGCUAAUACAGGCCUAGCUUUCACCCAACAUCAAAAGCUUUGGGUGCUCUACAAGAAAAAUGAUGCUAACCUGGAAAGAGCGGCUGCAACAAAUUCAUUGGCUCAUCACUCGCUACCCUUCCUAUCGAUGCAGCAGCAUUCACAGACUGACACACGACAACCUUCUAGUCUACCAAACAUUUCUCAACCACUGUCACCUCUACAAUCGGGACAAAAGCACCAAGCUCAGGAGUCUAGUCUGAAUCAUCAGCAGCAGCAAAAACAACAUACCAAUAGACCAUCUCUCGUUAGAGCCGUCACUAUGCCUGUGCAUCCAGCAAAAGCUGCAGUUGCCAUAUCUUCCUGUCCUCAAACUGCUUCUGAGAUUCGGAUCAAACCACACUUGAAUCUGUCAGAGCAUCAAUUAUCUCUAGAGGCUUCCCCUAAGUCCCAUAUUGAUAUGCGCUGUUCCUCAAACUCUUCAGAAAGAGUAUCUAAAGUCUCCAAUGAAAUGGCUGCUAAGACCCUAACCAAAUUGGAAACGCUCUCUCUGAAAAAGAACCUUGUUGUAAAUUCGGAUUCUGAUGUCGGAAAAUCAAGACAACUGUUUAACACAUCACCUAAAACUUCAAUUACUGCUGUCGAGGAUGAAGGAGACUCAAAUCACAGCCAUGGCAGCGAGAGCAGCACGCCUCCAGCCUUGACUAGAAGCACUCACCAUCCUCCUGUGAUGCAUUUGCCGGAUGAAGACACAUGGCAGGUUUACGUCUCCCACAUUCUCGACGACUGCAGGAUUUGUUUCCGCUUAAUCGGUGACGCUUACAACUGUGAGUACGAGGAGCUUGUUACCAAGAUGGAGCUACAUUACUUCGACAAGAUCCACUGCACAGCACCGACCAGCGUUGAGCUCGGCCAUUACUAUGUCCUGUGCCACCACGAGACGUGGUUCCGGGUUCUCGUUGUGGGGGUCACGGAAACUACAGUUUCUGCGCUGUUGGUGGACCACGGCGACACCGAAGAGGUGGCAAUAGAGAACAUUUAUGAGAUCUCGCCGGAGUUCCUUGAAUUACCGUGUCAGUGCGUGACGGCAACUCUAAGUGAGCUGGAGGGCGUGCGGUGCGCGCCUCUGACGACCGCCCUACACACUGUCGUCCUCGGCCAGACAUUCAGCGCCACUGUCGUCGCCAGAACUCCUACCGUCCAGGUUGUGCUCUACAACACUUCAUCGUCAGAGAAGGUCAACAUCAACGAACAGCUCCUGCAAAUUGUGCCUGAAAGUUUCACUAAACCCCAGCUGCCUCAGGUUGGAGGCAUUGCUGAAGCUUUCGUAACGAACGUGUGCGACGAUGGGCGCGUCUUUGUAACGGUUGAGUCCGAGACGUACAGCUUGCUGGAGCGCAUGCUCGCUGUUGCAAGAGAACGUGCUGAGGAGCUGUCAGGAGAUUCAGACGUGGACCUCACUAAACUUUACUUGGCUCGAUUCACCUAUGACCAAGAUUGGCAUCGCGUGAGAGUUUCAUCUGUAAUAAAAAAGGAGCAGACGGAUAUAGUAAGCGCUCAGUGUAUCGACUGGGGAGUGAGUGAGCUGGUCGCUUCACACCACCUAGUGCUGCUCUCGCGCGUCUCGCCUUUGCUCCACGUCCUGCCUCCUCAGGCCAUGGAGUGCACUCUGGCCAACUUGCCACCGCCUGGCUUACGCUGGACCCAGAGAGCAUCGGCUCGUCUGAAGGAGCUACAGCCCACCUCCAGCCCCGUACUCCUCAAGACUGUGAGGGUUGACCCAGUGACUGGAGUGCCAGAGGUGCUGUUGUUUAAGCGCCUCCUGCCACAGAACGAGCUCAUCUCCAUCAAUGAGACGCUAGCCAUAGACUCUCAACUCUUCUCCAACUAUGAAGAAAACAACAACGAGAGCCAAGGCAGUGAAGGAGGCAUGAACAGCAGCAGCGUGUUGGAGAGUGCUGCGUCCUCAACCUCCCUCAGCUCACUCAUGUCUGCUAGAGGUGCUGUAGGGAAGACUCAGCCCCCCACCCCCAAGAUAGCGCCACCUUGCCUACCCAGCGUGGGGGAAACUUUUGACGUGCACGUCACCUUCGCUGCCAAUCCCUCAAACUUUGCUGUGCAUUCGGUCAAGGAGUACAAUGAGCUAGAGAAACUGCGUCGUGAAAUGCAACAGCAUUACACCACACACGACGAUCAGGGCAAAGUUGGAGUAGAUGAGGUCGUUGUCGGGGGCUACUAUGCCGCUCUACACACUGAUUCCUACUGGUACAGAGUGUGCGUAAACAGCGUGAUGCGUGACUCGGAGCUGCUGUGUGGCGUCUUCGUUGACUUUGGUGACUGCUUUGUGUUACCAAGCAACUGCGUUCGAAAACUCUUACCAUCGUUUGCCAAAAUGCCAUGGCAAAGCAUCAGGGCCAGUUUGUAUGGUGUGCGUCCCAAAAGUCGAGAUUGGAUCCCAGAAGAUGCGUGCCGCUUCCGGGACUUGGUGCAGGGCAAGGAAUUUGUUUCAUUCGUCAUGGGAAUCUCGUUGGAUCGAGGCUUAACCAUCAAUGAUCCUGGCAACAUGGCCGAGACGUCUGCCAUGCCUCGGCUCAUGUUGAAGCUCGUGGACACGUCAACAUACGAUUCAACUGACGUGUACAUUGAUGAGCUGCUCAUAGCGGAGGGUUGGGGUUUGCCUACUCCAUCGGCUGGAAGUGUAGCAGGGGUUUCAACUCCACUGUCCCCACGGCCUGCAGUGUAAUUCCUAGCACGGGUUAUUUCGCCUCCUAUGUUGCCUUGAUUCAUGUGGUUUGGCUCCAUUAAAUGCUGCCAUUUGUCUGAUUUCAUCAUUCGUUUUUCUGAUAUUCAAUACCAGCGAAUUUUGUAUUAUAUUCUUUUCAUUUUCUAUAAGUAUUUUCAUCGGAAAGCUGUUGAUAUUUUUUGUGGAGCUGAACCUUUUUUAGGAAUGAUAAGCCUUGCAAUCAAUUAUUUUGCGAUGUCUCUAUUAAACUGUGCUCAUCAUCGCGCCGGCUAUAACAGAAAAAAAACACGUUUAGACACUGAAACUUCAUGCGAGCAACAACUGUGCAUAAAAUAAUCUAUGCUGCGUGAAACAAAAUAAGGCUUAGAGGUAGAUCUAUACCUACAACAGUGCUAGGUAUGGCAGCUAAAUCGUUGAGAUCCUCAGCCGGGACGUCGAAACCUGAUGCCACACGUCAUUGAGACGUGUCGACUUGAAGCAUUUUGUUUUGUUGCUUUGCUGCCAUGGUAGAUGUUUAGACAAGUCUUGCAUAAGGCUAUUUUGACCGGGAAUCGCGUUCUUGACGAGUCCAAUACGGAUCCUUUAGAAAAUCUUGACCUGUUACCUGGCCUUAAGUGCCCAAUUCGCUAUUGGUAUUGUUCAAUAAUGUAUUUUUUUUCCUUUACGUUCAGUGGAAUCGAUUUUUCGAUUUGAUCCUGUGAAAUUUUAACGGAUGGUAUGUUUCUACGAUGUGAUAUUUUUUGCGUCUUGUUUAUAGCGGAAUUUCCUGUCCUUUGUUUUAAUUUUUUGCGUGGAUAGUUUCAACGAAAUUCUCUAUCAA